CGUGCUGUUCACGCUCUUGGCACCUUUAUUUCCAGGCCUAGCUUGGGCUUUCAUGAACUAGACCUAGGGACUAGUUUUUCUUCCUGUUCUUCAAUAUGAGGACAUCCCAAUCCUCUAGUUCUCCGGAAACAAGGGCUCUGUGCCAGUACGCCUGUUGCAGAAAAUAUGACAGCCUUCCCUUUUCAGGCAUGGCCCGCCCACACCAGACAGCGAAGCCGCCUGCUUUUCCUCAGCGUUCUUGACAAUGGCUGACUUUCACGUUUCUCCAGAAAUAACAUCUCGACUGUUAUGUAUGAAAAGACGCGCUGAUCUGGCUGCAGGAUACCCACGAGUGCGCCUUUCUAUGCGAGGUGCGCGCUGCCCAGCGUGUUGCCCGAGUCCGCACUAGGACUGGCCAGCUCGCGCUGCUUUUAGUGGAAUCUCUGACAUUUGCGUUCUGCACAGAUUCCAUUCUUCCCACAGUUCCUCAGCCACGAAUAAAGCUUAGUCACCACCCACACUAAGCCCAGACUAAAGCUAACAUAGCAGGACGGUAAUUUAAAGUAUAGACAAGAACGAAGAGAGGUGACAGCCAACCUACAGCCCGUCAGCUAGGGCCACGCGCCUCACGCCUUUUAAGGGCCGGCAGGCGCAAGUCGGCCAACGGCUCGUCACUUCACCAAUGACCGCGCUUCUCGCCUAUGGUUCCGCCCCCGCACGCCAUAUCAGCCAAUCACUGGGGAGUUGUCCGCCCGCCCACUCGCCCGUAGGGCCACGCUUUUGGAUCACGCAGGCGCCCCGCGUAGCAAAAGCAGCCAGGUUGUAUUUUUAGCUCCCGGUUGAACAGUGUCUCUCCUUGGCUCCACCCCCUCCUAAUCCCCAAUAGAAGAUGGAGUUUCCAUUGCGUCAUCGCGCGGCAGUCUGGAAGCCGUCCAGUCAGAGCUCGGGAAAGACUGUCGUAAUUAAAAAGCGGCGGAAGUAGGUGGGAGGGUCAUGACGCAGCGAGUUUUGGUCGUGACUUUUCCGGGGGCCUUCGGGCGUCUCCGCUUUUUCCCUUUAAAGUAAAACGUUCCCCCGACGCACCCCCGCGCGUUCCGGGCUGGGAGGCGGUGGCGGGAGGCGGCGCAGACGCGGCCGCGCGCGGUCACGUGGGUGUGUUGUUGGGGGAGGGCCCGCGCGUUCGGUUCCGGGCGGUUGAGCGAGCUAGAGAACGAGCGAGCAAGAGGCAGCCGCGCCCGCCGCCGCGCUCUGUAUGCCGCGUUCCCCCGGCGCACCCGCCGCCGAUAGUCUGAGCCGGAGGAGUCGCCGCCGCUGCGGUUGAUGUGGUUGGGCCGGGGCUGACCAGGCUACCAAGAUGCCUCAGUCCAAGUCCCGGAAGAUCGCCAUCCUGGGCUAUCGGUCUGUGGGAAAGUCCUCAUUGACAAUUCAGUUUGUUGAAGGUCAAUUUGUUGAUUCCUACGAUCCAACCAUAGAAAACACAUUCACCAAGCUGAUCACAGUAAAUGGGCAAGAGUAUCAUCUUCAGCUUGUAGACACAGCAGGGCAGGAUGAAUAUUCCAUUUUUCCUCAGACAUACUCCAUAGAUAUUAAUGGUUAUAUUCUUGUGUAUUCUGUUACAUCAAUCAAAAGCUUUGAAGUAAUUAAAGUUAUCCACGGCAAGCUGUUGGACAUGGUGGGGAAAGUGCAGAUACCGAUUAUGUUAGUCGGAAAUAAGAAGGACCUGCAUAUGGAAAGGGUGAUCAGUUAUGAAGAAGGAAAGGCUUUGGCAGAAUCUUGGAAUGCAGCUUUUUUGGAAUCUUCUGCAAAAGAAAAUCAGGCCAAGGAGCCAAGCGUCUGUUUGAACCCUUUCUGUGCCUUUCCCAUGAGGAAAUUCCUCAGCCUCAAGGUCUUCACUCAGGUUUCACACUUCCUGGGCUCCUUGAUGCACCCAGCUGAAUUGAAUGGUCCCGUCUUCCCUCUGAAGCACUCAUUGAUAUCUGAGGUGGGCUCACUUGACCUUUAUGCCCUCCUGUUGAUCCAGCUCAGAUGUCCAAGUCCUCUGUUUGAAUCAGCUCAGCUGGGAAACAGACAGUGAAGUCCAGAUAGCAAGAAGGAGGUUAGCACUAAUGGGGCCUGUACUGGGAAUUGAAUGCUUGUCUCCUCUGUUCUCAAAAGUAUCUGUUGAACCAUCUCAUUUUAGAAAUAAGAAAUCUAGAAAAGUUGAGAACUUGAGGAUCUCUAACUCACGGUAUAGGCAGAAGAACUAGUUUCAGACCCAUCCACAGCCUGGCCUUUUCCUCAGAAUCACAUUCUGAUAAGCAGGGAAGGAAGUGGCCUUACUUCAAGAGAGAGGAGCGCUGUGCUGGCUUGUACUUCGUCAGAUGGUAGACUUGGUCACUGCGCAUGGGAGCAGAGGGUGUGCAUGGCUGUGGUGGUGAGCAUGGUGUUCUCUUGUGAAGGCAGCGUCUGUUUUCCAGUGAACUAGAGAACAAGUGACCAACCAUGAGCCAGGGUCAGUGAGGUGGGAGGGCCAGGUACCUCUGGACGACUGGAGCUCGGUAACCUGAUUCACAUCAAGGGUUCCUGUCAUGCUCCUGUAACAGGUCCAUGCUCCCCUGGGCUGAGCAGUGCGCACAUGCUGGUGGAUGCCUGCUGAGCAAGUGGGUUCAGUGCUGUGAGACCGAAAGCUGACCUAGAGAAGAGAAAGUGGUUAGCCUUAGAGCAGGACAGGAGGACUGUCAGCAGAGCCAGACACCAGCUCUGCCAGAUUGAGCCUUAUGGACUCUCCAAGCUAAUGGAUACCUAUGUUGGGACACGUAAAGUAGAUAUUAGAGUGAGUUGACUCCUGAUAGUGAGGUGGCCUGAGCCAGGUCCUGCCUUCUAAAAACAAUAGCCUUUAAUUUCCAUAAUCAAAGUUCUUGUAUUUAAAGGACAGAGACUGAUAGUUCUCAUUACCCUUCAGAAAAAAGGAGAUCUUUUUUUUUUUCUUCUUUUUUUUUUUUUUCUUUUUUUCGGAGCUGGGGACCAAACCCAGGGCCUUGCGCUUGCUAGGCAAACGCUCUGCCACUGAGCUAAAUCCCCAACCCCAAAGGAGAUCUUUCUAAAGUUGCCAGAGGAGUUUGACUGCAGGACUAAGAUUGGGUUGAAAUCACUAGAGGAGACCAAGACUGGGAGGAACUAGACUAGACGGGUUUGUAAUUGGUGGCAUGGUGCACAGGAGGACUAGCUGUGGAUGAUGGAGAGCUUGCAGCAUCUGUAGAUGCAGCCCAGAGAAACACAGAAUGUAGUCAGACUUGAAGUUUGGGGGCGCCAAGAGAAGUGUGGUCUGCAGGAGCAGGAUGGGCAAGAAGAGCACCUCCCCUGUUGGAGGCCUGGGGUACCAAAGGUCCUAGGAGAAAGGGACCCUGUAGGAGCUGCAGAGGGUACAAGAGAAAGGCCAGAGUAGAGCUGGACCAACUAUCCAGGGAGCAUCGUAGAGCAUGGGGCAGAGAGCAUGAGGCCAAGCAGAGUGGGAGCUGGUGCUGGUCGCUGUGACAAAGGAAGGUCCCGGGCCUUAUGGGUCUUCUAGGGACCUUCUGGUCCCCAUAUGGCCCUGAAGAACAGAUGGGUGCCUGCCCUUCUCAGUCUUGUUGGUUGUGAACAGCUAUCAGAGUCUACUGAGAACUAACCCUGUCGCUGCUCUUAACUUCUCUUCAGACUGCUGUGGAUGUUUUUAGAAGGA